AUGGAGAUACCAGAUUAUGGGCAGCAACAUCAGCAACAACCUCUUCGUGUCCUGAACCUGACUGUAUCGGCAGGCUGCACUGAAGCCAGUGAUGGAGAAUUCAACUCUAUAUCGGAUUCUCAAGCUGGCCAUUCAGCAAGACUAAAGUGCAGUCGUCGCAACGUGCUAUCUCGACUUGCGAAACUUCCAACCGAAGUACAGAGCCGAGCAAGUCAUCACCACGACAUAAUGUCAAUGGAUUCUUCGUACAUCAGCUCUAACGCGAACUAUCCAGAUGUUUGGCGAACGUCGCCGAACAGAAACUCGCCACUUUCCGACUCGGCCCGAGUUGCGUCGGAGUUGAACAUGAAUGGAUACCCGUUGACGCCUUUCGAGCUGGAACAGUUCCCCAAUUACUUUCCUUUCUCACCUUGCCCAGGUUACAAAGAUUUCAACGUGUUUAAGGAGAAGGGUUCUCACGAUAUUGCUGAUGCUCUACUGUCGCUGAAACACGCGGUAGUGCAUCCCCAGUUCAACGGAUCUCUGUCGCCGUUGUCGCCCCCGCCGCCGCCUCCGCCGCCAUCUAUGCCGCAUCUUGGCUGCGGUCAAGGAAUGAACGGCGGCGUCAUGAACCCACAGACGCCCACGGGCUUCAGCUACACCGUCAGCCACAACAGCCCGAUGUUUCACAACGCGUACGGCACGCCGGCGCCGCAGUACAACCAGUACGCGGAGCAGGGUCAGAGUCCGGCGGGACAGCCGCUUCCGCAGGCCAGCGUCCACUUCCCUGCCAUGAGCGUCAACGUGUCUAUGAGCAUGAACGUCGGCAUGCCGCCGAGUCUCGGGGGCGGGCAGUACAACAACCUGCCCUCUCAACAGUGGCCCGCCCAGCCCCCAACUCCGCCGCUGGGGCAGUAUCACUCCUCCAGUCAGAACCAGGCACCUCCGAUGCCGAACCAGUACGGCGGGUACACACCGACCAGCAACUACGGCCCGUCGUACGGGUUUCCCGGCGAGUACCGCACCCUGUGUGACGGGCGGGGAGGCUUCUAUUGUAAACAUUUGGAUAACUUCAAGGACGACGCCAGGUUCUGUUCUAUGGGACACAUCAAACGGAAGUUCCUGCCAGACAGAAGCCCUCCCGGCCCACCCGAGAUCGACCCCUCCACCCUGAAGACGAACCUGUGUCGGAUCUGCGGAAAGACGUACGCUCGGCCGAGCACGCUGAAGACCCAUCUGAGGACCCACUCCGGGGAGAAACCCUACAAAUGUUGCACGUGCUCCAAGAGCUUCUCUCAGGCAGCAAAUCUGACGGCGCACAUCAGAACACACAGCGGGGAAAAGCCGUUUCGGUGCCCCGUAUGUGAUCGCCGCUUUUCCCAGAGUUCCUCCGUCACGACGCACAUGCGCACACACUCCGGGGAGAGACCGUACCGCUGUCGCCUGUGCAAAAAGGCUUUCUCCGACAGCUCCACGUUGACGAAGCACCUGCGAAUUCACAGUGGAGAAAAACCAUACCAGUGCAAACUGUGUCUUCUGAGGUUCUCACAGUCAGGCAAUUUAAACAGACACAUGCGAGUGCAUUCCAACAAUGGAUAAUCACGGCCCUGACAUUUUUUUCUGGAAGGGUGGGCAUGUGGGUUGGCAAAAAAAUUGUCAAGAAAUAGCAAUGAACAGGACCGUAGCUAGGAUUUGUUUUUGAGUGGGUGGGCAGAUGAAUUCUUGAAAUGAAAGACAUAAUAUACUAGGUUGUCCGUGUGCAUGGCCCCUAGGAAAUUUUGAAAUCUAGAAGCUCUGAAAUACCAUUUUGCAGUCAUUUCAGGGAGGUUACAUACUUAAACCAUCAAUAUCAAUAACUAGUAAAAACAAAUCGUCCCCGCUAGCUACGGCCCUAAUCAAGGCAUUUUAUUUAAUCAUGAUUGUUCAUGGUUGGGAACAUGACAAGAUGCAGUAUUUGCCCCUCCUCCACCUGCUUCUACUCUAUAACAGCUGUACCUGAUUCACCAAGUCAGGCUUGCGUCCUACUGUCCUAAGAAAUGAAAUGUUAGUAUUGGCAGCAACAAUUCAAAUCAUUCACUACAUAAUCCGUUUUAAAGAUUAUGAUAUCCUCGCCGAACUUAUCUUUUUUGUUGGAA